CAAAUUAAUAAUAGGUUAUAGUAAGAAUUAUUGUAGGCGUAUUUGAUCAAACAAAUUAUUAAUGAACAUUUGAAAAUAUUACGAAAUUGGCUGCUACGUGGCAAAUCUAGUUUCAAAAUUGCCCGUUUGACAGCUACAGCGCUACCAACCAUCAAAAUGUUUUGUAUAUUCGAAAAUGUUCAGUAAAUUUCUUGUGUUCUCUAACGCAUCAAUUAACGUACAAAGAUUUUGUUUCAAUAAUAUUCAACGACAGUCCCGGCUCAUGACACAUAAAUUGCAAAGGUUAGAAUUCUUAUAAGGGAAUAAUCAGAAUUAUUUUAUUAACGUAUUAAACAUGGAACAUCAAUGUGGUUGUGGAAGUGUACAUAAUGAUGGAGAAUUAGGGGUUCAAUAUAAUUUAUAUAGCAAAAUAGAUAAAGAUAAUGUUGAAUGUUUAAAUGAAUAUCAAGAGAAUAGUGGGGUGACAGUAUUCAAACCAUGGGAAGAAAGAUUAGAUACCAGUAAGUUCGUCGAAAGUGAUCUCGAUAAUGAACUACUUUUCAAUAUACCCUUUACAGGAAAUGUUAAAUUAAAAGGACUUAUUAUAAUAGGAGGUGAAGAUCAAACACGACCAAAUAAAGUAAAAUUAUAUAAGAAUCGACCACAUAUGACUUUUGAUGAUGUUACAAUAGAAGCAGAUCAAGAAUUUGAACUUUGUAAUGAUGAAAAUGGUGUACAUGAAUAUCCUUUACGAGUCGUUAAAUUCUCCACCGUAAAUCACUUGAGUCUUCAUUUUGUUGGUAAUGGUGGAGCGGAAAGAUCCAAAAUUUACUACAUUGGUUUAAAAGGAGAAUGGACACCAGGUCAUCAACAUGGUGUUACAAUUUGUACUUAUGAAGUAUUGCCACAAUCGGAUAAGCAUAUAAAACGUUUGGACGAAGUGACCAGGGAAAUUACUUAAUUUUCUUCAUUUAACAACAUUUCUAUUUUUAAUCAUUUACAUAUCUAUCAUUAAAUUAAAUAUAUAUAUAUAUUCUUGUUACUUUAAUAAUGCGUAAUUAUUGGUGAACUAUAACAGAAAUGUUUUUCCACAAUUCCAAUAAUUCUCGCAAAAAACUUUAUUUUUUGAUAAAAAUUGUAAAUUUCAUUUUAUCUAAAUGGAGCAUGUAAGAAUUGUAAGGCUUGUAAGAAUUUGUAUUUUAUAUUUUGUAUGCACUGUGAAAGCUUCAUUUAAGGUGAUAAACUUAAAUAUAU